AAAUGUCUUUCUACUGAUUAUUUCCUUGGAUUUUACUGAAGUUUCCAAGAAGAAAUAAGUAGUAUUACUCUUCUACCAGCUGUAGAUUGUGACCCUUUCCCUAGCUUCUCUUCAAAGGAAAGUCUCUGUCUCUCUCUUAAACGAGGCCAAAACGAUUUGAAUCAUGGUGGAAGAGGGAGGUGUUGAUGGGGGUUCGGGUGAGGCAGAGGCAGAGUCGGCCGAAGAAUGGCUGCUGCAAGCUCAGAAGCUUGUUCCUGUGGCUCUGGAGAAGGCUACGGAGGUUAAGGUGUUUCCUGGGAGGUGGAAGAUGAUUGUUUCAAAGCUCGAGCAGCUUCCAUCGCGGUUAUCUGAUUUGUUUAGCCAUCCUUGCUUUUCAAAGAAUGUCCUCUGCAAGGAGCAAUUGCACGCUGUUUUGAACAGCUUGAAGGAAGCCAUUGAAUUGGCGGAGCUUUGUGUUAGAGAAAAAUUUGAAGGCAAGCUUUGGAUUCAGAGCGAUCUCGACUCGCUGUCUGGGAAAUUGGAUUUGAAUUUACAUGAUUGUGCCGUUUUGAUUAAGACGGGUAUGCUCGGUGAGGCUACUCUGCCUCUACUCUUGUCAGGUUGUUCAUUGCAACAGGAGUCUACUGACUACAGCAACAUAAGAGAACUGCUUGCAAGGCUGCUGAUUGGCCAUAUGGAGGCGAAACAUCGAGCUCUAGAUAGCCUCGUUGAGAUCCUGAAAGAGGAUGAUGACAAUGUUUUGUCUGUCUUUGGUCGUAAUAAUGUUGCAGCUUUAGUCCAAUUGCUUACUGCAACCUCUCCGCGUAUUCGAGAGAAAACAAUCACCAUAAUUUGCAUGCUAGUCGAAUCGGGAAGUUGUGAAAAUUGGCUUGUUUCGGAAGGCGUUUUGCCACCUCUAAUCAGACUUGUUGAGUCUGGCAGUGCUGUGGCUAAAGAAAAAGCAGUCAUUUCACUGCAAAGGUUGUCAAUGCCAGCUGAUACCGCCCGGGCAAUAGUUGGGCAUGGUGGGGUUCGACCUCUUAUCGAACUAUGCAAGACUGGUGAUUCUGUAUCGCAGGCUGCUGCUGCUUGCGCGUUGAAGAACAUAUCAGCCGUACCUGAGGUUCGACAAACUUUGGCUGAAGAAGGGAUCACAAGGGUGAUGAUCAGUCUUGUGGAUCGUGGAAUUCUGUUGGGGUCCAAAGAGUAUGCAGCUGAAUGCCUACAGAAUCUCACCGCCAGCAACGAAGCUCUAAGGAGAUCGGUCAUCGCUGAAGGAGGUCUUCGCUGCAUAUUGGCACAUCUGGAUGGUCCUCUCCCUCAAGAAUAUGCAGUUGGGGCAUUGAGGAAUUUAGUCAGCUCAGUUUCAAUGGAAAUUCUGUUGUCUCUUGGCUUCCUCCCCCGUAUAGUGCAUGUGCUCAAAUUGGGAUCACUCGGCGCACAGCAGGCAGCAGCAUCAGCAAUCUGCAGGGUAUGUAGCUCACCAGACAUGAAGAAGCUUAUAGGCGAAGCUAAAUGCAUCCCGCUUCUCAUCAAACUCCUCGAGGCCAAAACAAACAGUGUUCGAGAAGUCGCAGCGCAAGCAAUCUCAAGCCUUAUGACCCUUUCACAGAACUGCAGAGAAGUGAAGAGGGAUGAAAAAAGUGUCCCAAAUCUCGUCCAACUGCUUGAUCCAAGCCCCCAAAACACAGCAAAGAAAUAUGCGGUCGCGUGCCUUGGGUUGCUCUCGUCAAGCAGGAAAUGCAAGAAGCUGAUGAUAUCGUAUGGGGCGAUCGGGUAUCUUAAGAAGCUAGCAGAGAUGGACAUACCGGGGGCGAAGAAACUGGUAGAGAAACUGGAAAGGGGGAAGUUGAGAAGUCUGUUCAGUAGGAAAUAGGGGAAAAAGUGAGGCCUCUUUGGAUGAUGCUUUACAGUAGUAGUUAGUUUCAUAAACUUUAUGAAACAAUAAUGUAGUUUGGAGGAUAACAAACAGAAGGUUGCCAGUAUCUGGUAAACUAUUUCCCCUCAACUACCAAUAUACUUUCCUUGUAUGUUUAUCUCUUGCAUCUGUAAUAUAUUAAUAUGAAGAGAUUAGCUUUAGUAAUAGAAAAUUAACAUACUUCAAUUUAAAUGUCAA